UAUAUUUAUUUUGCUAUUUUUCUAUUUUUUAUUUUUGCGACAGAAAUAUCAAAACUGUUUGAAGAAACUUGAUAUUAUCGACAAUACAUUGUUUGAGUUAGGAACAAUAACAGAUUAUGACAAACUACGUAAGAAAACCGUAUGGCUUGUCAUAGGAUGGCUAAUGCUAUUUAUGAUAACAACAUUCGGUUCAGCAUUAUACGCGAAAGAUGAAUAUCACUGUAACAUUGUAGUAGCUAUAUAUUUCAUGUUUCUACGAGACUACUCCUUCCAUAUUAACUUUAUCGGUGACUUGAUUACUGCAAGUAUUCUCGAAUACAUAAUAUUAAAAUUUAAUCAAAUCAAUGAACAUCUUCAGCACUUAAUGAAAAAUAAUAUACAUAAAAUAGAACGAGUUUGGGAAAAUCCUAUAAUGCGUCCCUACCAACAAAGAUUUUCAAAUGCAUUAAGCAAGAAAUGCAUAAUGUGGAUUGUUAUACAUCUUCAUUUAGAAUUGCGCAAAAUAUCUCAUGAAAUAGAUUUAAUAUUUGGAACACAAAUGACUUUCAAAAUGGCAUGCUAUUUUAAUUGGAUAGUAAUUGAUUUGCGCAGAAUUAUGUACACAGUCUUAAUUCAAAAUUAUGCGAGAUCCAAAAUAAUAGUCAUCAUCAUACACAUUAUCUGGUUCUUCCAUAACGUUUUUAAAUUUAUAUUAAUUAAUUAUAUGUGUGAAACACUCAAUACUAAGGCAAGUGCAACUGCAGAUUCAUUACAUAGAUUACUGAAUUAUAAUUGUGACGUUGAAAUUCGUGAAAUUAUUUUACAAUUUGCUUUACGAAUAACUUAUGCACCACUUAGAUUCUACGGAAUCGGACUGUUCCAAUUUGGUUACAAAUUUCUUCACAAGUUUGUCAUGUCUAUUGCGACGGUUUUAGUUAUACUAAUCCAAGCGCACACAAAUAAAUAAACAUUUCUAUCAAGUUAUGGUAGAUUUUAUAAAAAAUAAUUUUUUAAAAAUCUAUAUUUGUUUAAUAUGUAAUUAAUUAAUAUGUAAUUAAUAAAAUACAUUAAUAUAAUAUUUCUUGAUUUCGUUUUGAUGUACCCUUAAAUAUUAGUAUUCAGAAAAAGAAUAACUGAUUGAAGAAAUAAUUAAAAUCUUUUAAUGUAAUAUAAAGAAUAAAUAAUGAAUAGAGGAAAGAUACCAAAUUUGGAACAGUUUCCUAAAUUAAAAUUUCCUUUCUUGGAAAUUAAACAUCACACCGACAAUACCGAUAAUACUGAUAAAAAUGAUCUGCUUAGUUAAUUAAAGAAAUAAAAACCUAUAUUUCAUAUAUUUAUAUCCUCUUCUAUAUAAAAUCUGCUAAACACAAAUUCGUCAAAAGUUAUAUUUGCACAAUUAUGUCUCUUAGGCAACCCUAACAGAAUAACAUUGAGUCUGCAGAAGUACAUAAUACAUAAUAAGAUGUGUAAAUCAAUAAAAUGUAACAUUAUAUAAUACUUCAAUACAAAUUUCAAAUUAUUAGGCGCCCAUUUCAUCAGAUGCUCGUUUUGAUAUGUCUCACAAAAACAUUAAUUAUUAAAAAAAUACAAAACAGUAUUAUAAAAAUUACUAUACAAUUUGAUAAAAGAUACUUUCUAAUUUGUAUUUAUGUUCUUAAUAUUGUUUUUCUGACUAUUAUUUAAGAAAUUUUAUCCAAAAAGAAAGUGGUGUUCCAAAUUCAGUGCCUUUCCCCUACUUUUUAUUAUCGUUCUGCAUCAAUUUCAUCUGUCUACAAUUAUCAUUAUUGAGAGAAUUGAUUUCUCUAUAUAAGUUUUUUAUAGAGUUAUUAAAAUAUAAUUUUUAUCGUAAUAGACAAAAAUACUUCAUUAUGGCAUAUGUGUUUAUGAUAUUUUUAUGUACAUACAUUUAUUAUUAAUAUAAUUUAGAAUUAAAAUUUAUCUUGUUUAAAAAAACUUUCAAAUAUGUACUAACUAUUCCAUUAAAUGUAAUAAAA